AUGGCCGAAAAUGAGUGCAGAAGGGGAAGUAGUCCGUGGACACGUUCAUGUGAACGGAGAAAGGCUGAUGAUGGUAAUGGUUCAAAGGGGAACAACCUGGGUGUGAAAAUGCAGGGGCGCAUUUUGUUCAAGCAGGCGAAAAGGGUGAGCAAUGCGGUUGGACGAAAAGUGGCUGAGGAUAUAGUAGCACCCCCCCCGCAGCAGACACAAACGCGGAUGAACUUUCGUUCGAAUGUUGCUGGGAUAGUUAAACUUGUGCGUGAGGCAAAUUUGAGGGACGCACACUUGAAACAGUUACGGAAAACACCAUUUUGGAUUAUGAUUGAGGCGAUACACAUGAACAAUUUGAACCAUAACGAGUUUAGGAAGUGUGAUGAUCUUAUAGCCAAGAUUAUAAGAUCAUACAAUCAGCGAGAUAAUGCAUUCAACAUUGGAGGUGUCAGUGUCAAAUUCGGGAGCAGCGACAUCAGGUUAAUAUUUGGUUUGCAGUGCGGGAAACGGCGUUUAGAUUUGUCACCCGGACAGCGGCCAGUGUCGGACUUCAUUCAACGUAGGUGUCGUGACGCUGCGCGGCUGACGUCGAAGUUGGUUAAAACAUUAUUUUUAGAGGCUUUGAAUGGCAAAAAGAAACAAGAUGAAGAAGACACAGCGAAGUUGUUGGGGCUGUACAUGUGUGGGAAGCUUUUUUUCUCUAACUCUGGGGAGACAAUCAGUUGGGCUUUUGUGCGCUACAUGAACGACCUGAGCACCGUUAGGAUGUAUGAUUGGACUGGAGCUAUACUGACAACAGUGAUGGCGUCAAUCAAGGAGUUUCAUCGUACCCCAGGGAAGGUGACAGGCUGCGUGGUUGCGUUGCUGUAUUGGUUUUGUGAACAUUCGAACAUAGUGGAGCCUCAAACCGACAACAUGUUUCCGAGGUUCCUGAAAUGGGACAUUGGGGCAUUAAUGAAUAAAAUUCAAGGGGUGGAUUUGGCUGGUCCAAUUGGUUUUCAGGUUAAAGUUGACCGUUUGAGGUCUUUUGAUUAUGAACGUGAAGUUAUGGGCACAGACAUUGAGGCGGAGGAAGAUGGUUUCGCAGAUAUCAAUGGCGGAGGUGAGGAUUGUGACGGUGUGGACGAGCAUUUCAUGGCAGAGGGGACGAGAAAGAAUGAAAGUGAUGACCAGGUGGUGCAGGGCCGCAAACUUGAUGUGAAACGGUUCACAGAGCAUGUGGAUCGCAAUUCCGGUAUUGAAAGGGAUAGUAGCCACAAAUUAGAAGAGGCGCUAAUUGCAGUCGCAGAGCUUGAAAUGCAAAACAAAAAGAAAGACAAAAUGGUGUCGUCGCUUGAAGAAGAAGUUGUUGGUUUGAAGAGGAAGAUGGAGUUGCAAGCUGUUAACAUAGUAGGGGGAUUUGAGUGUGUGGUGAAGAUGAAAAACGAUGAGUUGAGUAAGUUGAAAAAUGAAAAUGACGAAUUGCGGAAGAGAGUGUUACUGCUUGAGGACCAAUUGGAGGACCGUGAUGUGCAUGACGUAACGCAACGGUUCCGAGAAGGCGUGGAUAUUGGGAGUAGUGGUGUGGUUACCUUUGCGUAUAUUACCAUAGCAUGGACGCAGUGGUGA